AUGACCCGCAGGUCGUCGGCAUCCCGCCGGGACGCCUCUCGCCGGCCCUCUCCGCCCGAGUCCGAGAGCGCCCGGAGGCCUCCCCAUCACUGCCACACCCACCGCCACCGCCACCGCCACCACGGCGACGAUGCCCACGACAGCCGGGCCGACCUCCAGUACACCUCCAUGACCGGUGACUACUUCCCGGAGGCCCGACGCGGCCCCGGCAGCUUCGACGCCUCCCCCGACUACCCAGCCAGCGUCGACCUCGACCGCGACCUGGCCUACGGCCGCCCACAGGACGCCACCGCCCGCCUCGCCACCGCGGCCAGGCCGCGGCCGCACACAAACUUCUACGUCGAGCACGACUACGGCAGCGCGGCAGCGGCGCCGCAGCCGCCGCGGCUGACGCGCGCCGUCCUGGCCGCGCUGGACGAGCGGGCCGCGCCGCCCGGGGGCUACGCGGCGCAGGCGUACGGGGCCGGGGGCGGCGGGUGGCGCAGGCUGCGCGGCGCGCGGGACGACGGCGACGACUGGAGCACGGGGCGGCUGCCGUCGCGGAGCCGGACGUCGACGCCCAGCAGCAGCGGGUCGUGGACGCUGGUCGGCGCGCCGCCGCCGCCCUCGGCCGACGGCGUGCGCUGGGCCGGCGUGCAGUUCGCCGGGCGCCUCGACGCCGCCGCGGCCGCCGCGCCGGCGAGGAGCAUCCCCGACGAGGAUAUGCGGGACCCCGAACGAGGGGAGAGGGACGCGGAGAGAAGGAGGGGCUAUCACGACGGCGCCGACGGGAGAGACGGACGUGGUCGGUGGUCGUAGAGGGCCCGCUGGCGCCUUUCGGAGUGGCGCUUUGCGCAGCGAGGGAAAUACCCCCCUGGGUGGGUCGGCCUGAGGGCUCUUAGACUGUCGCGACGUGCGGGCUGCCUGUCUUAGCCGGAGCUCAUACUGUCGUCGGAUUCGUAUCGUAGAAUGUUUCCUCUGGCCGGGUCCGAAGUCGCAAAAGGAGCAGUAGACGCGAACAUGGGCGGAAGGAUUUGCUUGAAAAUUGGUCGGGUUCUUUGUCGGGGUUGGGCAAUAGACGGGGGGCGCUACCUAUGUUAUAGAAUCAAUACCUUCUUUGCUAGUUAGUGGGUGUAAUAGUCAAUUUGCCUCCUCUUCGUUCGUGCUGGGCGUGGUGCGACAGCAGCCCCCUUUACCGUUCCCGAUCUGCGAGCACGGCGACGGAGUGCCGCCGCCACGUCCCCCUACCUACUUUGCCAGUAGCCUUCGGCCCAGCUGGUCGGCCUCGUCUCCCUC